AAGUGCAACACAGACUAUGGUCUCCUAUGGCUAGUUCUGUACUUUAUAUUUCCUACCUGUGAGUUUGCCAAUGCAGUAAUCCAUUUAUCUGAUUCAGAAUUAUGGUAUGUCCUUAAUUCUGAAGUAAAUUGUAUAGACAAUAUGAAAAUAUGCACAUAUUAGGAAGCAAGGUUAUAAUUAUUUUGAACAGAGCUGGAAACAUAAGUUUUGUUGCAAAUACUUAUUCAGAAGCAAAGGACUCCCUAAAAUGUUUACAUUAUCAGAUUUCAAUGUAGCUUUCAAAGAUAAUUUUCAUAAUUAAUAUGCUGGGAAUUUAUUUUUGUUACAAUAUGAGUUACAGUGUUCUUUCUUUGAAGGUUUGGUCAAACAUUCAUUUUGUGAAUGUAGAAUGCAAAAGAAGAUUAUAGACUGAUAUAGAAAAAAAUGAAGAGAAACUUAAAUGAAAAUUCAACUCGAAGUACAGCAGGCUGUUUGCCUGUACCAUUGUUCAAUCAAAAGAAGAGGAAUAGACAGCCAUUAACAUCUAAUCCACUUAAAAAUGAUCCAGGUAUCAGUACUGCUUCUGACAGUUAUGAUUUCCCUCCAAUACCAACAGAUUGGGCCUGGGAGGCUAUGAAUCAAGAGUGGGCUCCUUUAACAAAAACAAUGAACACAAGCCAAAUACCACCUUCAGUUUCUCAUCCCCUGAGAAGUCAAGAUUCUAUUCCUAAAUCAAUUCAGUCAAAUACUGCAAGAAGCCAAAGUGGUUGGAGCUACAGAGAUGACAACAAAAAUACCAGCUUGAAAACUUGGGAUAAAAAUGACUUUAGACCUCAAUGUAAAACAACAAAACUAGUGACAAAUGAUGGAAAAAAUUCUUUUCCAGUGAAUUUGGGAACUCAGAUACCACAGAAACAAUUAAGGGUAUCUGAAACUCCUAAUUUAUCUUAUCACAGAGAAACUGAGGUUCCCAGACAAAUGUGUUCAUCAAAAGUUUCUGGCUCCACAAUAAAAGGCCCAGAUAAAAACAGUGAAUUACAGACAUUUAAGCCCAAUUUUCAACAAAAUCAAUUUAAGAAAAAAAUGUUGGAUGAUAUUCCAGAAGAAAACACUCUGAAGGAAGCCUCAUGUCGGUUACAGUUUAAGGAAAAAAAUAAUUCUCUAAGAAUUAUUUCUGCAGUUAUUGAAAGCAUGAAGUAUUGGUGUGAACAUGCAAAGAAAACUGUACUUCUUUUUGAGGUGUUGGCUGUACUCGAUUCGGCUGUUACACCUGGCCCAUAUUAUUCAAAGAAUUUUCUUAUGAGAGAUGGGAAAAAUACUCUGCCUUGUGUAUUUUAUGAAAUCGAUCGUGAACUUCCAAGACUGAUUAGAGGCCGAGUUCAUAGGUGUAUUGGAAACUAUGACCAGAAAAAGAACAUUUUCAAAUGUGUUUCUGUCAGACCAGCAUCAGUUUCUGAACAAAAAACUUUCCAGACAUUUGUUGAAAUUGUAGAUGCUGAGAUGAGUUAUUAUACUAAAGUAAUGAAUGAAAUUUAG